GGCGGGUUAGAGUUCAAAAGAACUGUAACGGAAUGGCAAGGUUAAAGAUCGUAAUAGUUAUAAAUUGUGAAUUUGUAAAACUAUUUUCUAGUUUUGAGGAACGUCACUUAAAAUGUGUGUAAGGAUUCUACAAUGUAUGAAAGGCAGCACCUCAGAGAGACAAAGUAAUAAAAGUAAACUGCUGCAAAGCCACUAACGCUUACCUUGCUACUAAAUCCAAAAAUACUACAAUUUGUUAAGUUAUCAACCUGUUUUAUACUCUGUUGGGACAGUUUAAAAUAUAUAAGCAAGGUAAAGCUACCUAGGCCAGAGAUCAUUGCUUUGCGGGCCAUAAAGCAUACUAAAAUAUUUGCAUUACGAAACGCUGGCUGCCUUACGCUUGGAAGCUCCGUGUGCAGGAUCGCACUGCAGCCAGACGCGCACACACACACUGCGACAGUCCAGCCUCAGCCGCGUGUCUCUCUGCCUGCGGGCCAUAAAUCAGAUCAGAAUUAUCUCGUGCUCCCGUGUCCCGAAAGAGACCAGCCAGCGGAGAAAGAACACUACACGCGGCUAUCUUAUCAUCCUCAUAUUUUCGUUGGUUAUCUCCGACAGGCGGAUGUGCGACGGUGUGUGUAUGUAGAUGACUGUGUGCUCAUCGAUUUACUGUCAAUCCCUUCUUUCCAUGGCAGGCAUUUGGUCCGAGAGGUGCUUAUCACUGACGGGCCCAGAUUGGGGAUAUGUUUGCAUAAAAAUUCCCGCGAUAAGCCAAGCUGCGAGUUUAUAAAGCGCCCAAAGCCUUGCCCAAAUCGUCACUAGCUUGACUGGAGCGUACCCAGCAGGAUGGUUCUAGUAGUGAUUGCCAUUAGAAUAGAUUUCCACUACAAAAUGCGAGAAAAAUUUGAACAAUCUUUGGAUGUGUGUCGACUGGAACUAAGCAGCCUUCACAACUAUAAGAGGCCUAAGCUCACAGAUGAUGAAGUUGAUGAAUACAUAGAUAUAACGGGAGACUGUCCGGAGGAGCCAGAAUCGAUAGAUCGAUAUCAACCGAAAGACCUGUCUGCGCUUGACCUGGUGCAGCAACCCCCGUCGAAAAUCUACUACGAUCACAUAGAGAAGGAGUCGAGUGACGGAGGAUUCUUCGACCGGGACGAUCUGGACGACGAAGACGAGAAAAACGAUUUAGUGAUCGAUUUUAAACUUAACGCCGAUACCGGGGAGAAGAAGACUGACCAUGGAAUCUCGCAUGACAGGCAAAUAGGCAAACCUUCAAGUUUGACCGGCUCGGAAGUUGUCUUUAACUUCACACUAGUGGAUACCAAACUGGUCUACAACGAACCGACCUACGUACAGAAAUUACAACCUCACUUCAAUGCACCUUUUACUGACUUUCGAGCUGCACCUGGUACCAAACCGUCAACAAUUGAAGAUAAGCCAAGUGAACAAGCAAUGGCCACCAGCUUAAAAGAUGUUCGAUUACAUUCGUUUUGGAGAAGAAGAAAUACUUUACCAAGCAGUGUACCAGAUCAGUCUGAUUAUCGGACAAACGUUCCUGCACCCUCCGUGCCGCCUCCGAUUAGCCAACACUCACUCAUAAAUAGGCCAUCAAUCGAACCUAUUGGAAGUAGAUUAAGACCCUCCGCCUUCUCUCCACCCAUGAAAUCUCAGUCCCAAUCACAGUCAGUACCUUUACUACCCACCGCUGGACCCAUUUCUACCACACAUUUCAAGAGUCAGUACCAACCAUUAGUUCCGGUGUCACCAACCGCACGUUACCCAAAGGCCGUCGGUCACGAAUGGAGCCAUACUCGAGCUAUGAAUGCACCGGCAGUCAAACCCUCCAGCACAUUCAGCUGCCUUCCCCCGCAGUUUGGAUUCGGUUCGUCACUCCUACGCAAUCUGCACGAUUCUACCAAGCCGCUAGAUUUCUCCAAAGACUCGCCGCUCAGUCAGUACGAAUCAAUGCUGAAGUACCCACCGCAGGAGCAGCAACGCUACGGCCACUCGAUCCUACGAUCGAUGCCCAUUCCGGAGCCACCAAAGCCACCACCGACGGCUAUUCGACCGAAAUUGGUAGCGAUAAGACACCACCCGACUAUCUCCCGAAUUCAUCGGCCGAAUCGGUUACGUGACAUACUGAAAACUAAACCUAACCCUCCUACGCCUAAGGUGGUACCCCAACGACCACCACCGCAGCCUCAAGCACCUGCACCUCCGCAACCCGCACAGCAGGCGCAUAGUAAAUCCUUUCGAAAAAUCGCCGAGCAGGUGAUAAACGCAUUUUUUCACCGGCGUCGGAAUGAGAUUUGUUCCACGCUGAGGCUGUUCACCACCGAGGCUAUCGAUAUGACAGAGCUUUUUCGCCGACUGGAACACUUACAGGUUCGCGUCAGUCGCGACUACUUGGGAAUCGCCUGGAUUAUGAUACAGCGCCACGGCUACCGAUUCCGGACCGGAGUGCCACCCGUCAAGCUCGACUACCGGUGGACCGAGCGUCCGCAAGAGUUUGCCGAGUACUUCAUGAAGGUGCGUAACAUGCUAAGACCGCACGCCCCGGAAGAAACGCUCAACAUCUACCGGAUGGUAGUCGAUGGCUUGCUGGAACAGUUUCGCGAUUCGAUCGAACACUUUCUCUCUAGGAAUCUGCAGCGAUAGUAAUAGUAAAAAUGAUUUAUGAAGCAAAACUACGCGCGUACCGUUACGAAGUGUUGUGUUCAAAUUAGUUGACCCUCGCUGGGUGCUCGAAUUCUGCAUUUAUGUGUCCCUCUCAGAGUACAUAUUUUCGAACUUCAUCGUUUUUAGUGUAGUUACCUAACAUCCAGUCAUUAGUUUUUUUUAUUACUGGAACGUUAGUAUGUCUCAUCAAAUAGCUUAUACCAGUGCAACGCUUGAUGUGAUAUAGUGCCUAAGACUAAGAAGGAACUGUUUAAGUGUAAACCAAAGACUCAAAAAGCAGUAAAUAUUAUUUACUUUUCGAAUAUUUUUCCAAAAUUUUUGACCCGAUACAUUUUUGACGAUUGUUUCUUCAGAUGAUUCUAGUGCUAAGGAAAUACAUCCGCAUACUGUUAUGACGUUUUGUUGUAUUGA